UGUUGUUAGCAUAAGCGACCAAACAAUCAUGGCGGUGAUGUGGCCCAAUCUCGUUUUCCUGGCUGGCAUUAUUUCUCUCUUCCAUGCUGGGUAUUCAGCUGCUCAACAUCGGACAUACAUGCGUGUUACUGAACAAGAAUUCAUUUCUUUACCUUCGGAUAUAGGUGUGCAAGGCUUACUGAGUCUCCUCUUGGCAAUGUAUGGUAUACUGCACAUUGCAGGUGACUUCAAAGAAAUUCGCGCCAAUGUCCAGCUUCAGCAUAAAUCCUGGGAGACAGUUGGGAACAGGCCAACUUUCUAUACGUUUGCACACCGAGGACGAGCACUCAGCCCAAAUUAUUCUCCUCCAAAAUCAAAAACAAGUUUAGAUAGUGUGGAAAAUAUUCAGUCCUAAGGAAUGUUCUCUUAUUAUUAAGAACAUGUUAGUAAUAUUAUUAUUAUCAUAAUGUUAAUAUCCUUAUUAUUAUUAUGUUUGUGUAAGGAUUUAAGAUUUAGUUCAUUCUAUAUGUAUGAUGAUGUAAGAGUGAAAUCUGUUAACUUGUUUACAUUUCAGAAAGUGUGUAUUUCAAGAGAAAAGUUUUUUGUAGUAUCAGUAGCGGUAUUAAUAUAUGACAGAAUUGAGUAAAAUGUUAGAAUAAAAUAUUCCUUUCUAAAAAAUCAUAAUUGCCCUUCACAUAUAUGCAUUUCAAUUGUCAUUAUUAUUUUAACUUGAGUAGUGUAGAAAAAAAUGUUAAUAAAAAUACCAAUAUCA